AUGGGCAAACUCCUCGCGCUGGAGUUGUUCAACUUCAAGUCGUACAAAGGCCAUCAUGUCAUGCAAUUUGGCGACAGCUAUUUCACUUCCAUCAUCGGGCCCAAUGGAUCAGGCAAAUCGAAUUCCAUGGACGCCAUCUCCUUCGUGCUGGGCAUUAAAUCGUCGCAUCUUCGAUCCACCCAUCUGAAGGAUUUGGUAUACCGCGGACGAGUGUUGAAGCACGCCAAGAUCAACGCAGACGGUACAGCGACGGAAGAUGCACCAAACGGCGAUGCCGAGCCGGGCGCGUCGGACGAUGAGGAGGUCUCGACACAGACCAGCACACAGCGGAACGACCCACAGACCGCAUGGGUGAUGGCUGUAUAUGAAGACGACGCGGGUGAGGAGCAGAGAUGGAAGCGAAGCAUCACCGCCACCGGGACGUCUGAAUACCGCAUCAACAAUCGAUCUGUCAGCGCAAAGAUGUACAAUGAAGCUCUCGAGGCCGAGAACAUCCUCAUCAAGGCGCGAAACUUUCUCGUCUUCCAAGGAGAUGUCGAAGCUAUUGCGUCGCAAUCACCAAAGGACCUCACACGUCUCAUCGAGCAGAUCAGCGGUUCGCUGGAUUACAAAGCAGACUAUGAGAAGCUCAAGGUGGAGAAAGAGAAGGCGGAUGAAGAUCAAGGAUACAAGCUUCAGCAGCGUCGCGGCAUCAACGGCGAGAUCAAGCAAUAUCAGCAGCAAAAGGAGGAGCUCGACAGAUAUGAGCAGACACGAGACGAGAAGGAUGAGGCGGUCGUUACGCAUGUCCUGUGGAAGUUGUUCCACUUCCAGCGUACCAUCGAGGACAGUACGGCUGAGAUCCAGAAGCACCAAGCAGAGUUAAAGGAGUUCCGGCGUAAUGUGCAGAAGUUCCAAGACCGGCUGGAGGCGGCGAAAUCUGAGCAAGCCAAGUCCGGCCGCGAGGUGAACAAAUGUGAGCGGAGCAUCAAGCACAAGGAGAAGGAGGUCGAAGCCAAGGAGAAUGCACUGGUACCCAUCGAUGAGAAGUUGACCAUACAUAAUGCAAACGUGCAGAGGCAGCAGGCACGCACAUCCGGGAUUGAAAAGGAACGCCAGGAGCUUCAGAAAUCUUACGACAAGAUGAAGAAGGACAUGAGUGCUGUAGAAACCGCGCAAAGUCGAUGGGAGAAGGAGUGGAAGGCACAGCAGCAACAAGCUGGGCGGGCAUUGAGCGAUGCAGAUCGCAAGGAGUACGACCGUCUCAAGCUCGAAGUCUUCAAGCGAUCAGGGAAUGAUCAAAGCAAAAUCCAGACCAUCACCCGCGAACUGAACAGCGAUGAACAGACCGUCAACUCGCUCAAGUCUCAGGUUGACAGCACUGAGGCACUCAAGGCGGAUCUGGAAAAGCAGGUUCAGACCUUGCAACAGCGGAGAGCUGAGCUCGCAGCAACAGCGAAAGCGACCGGAAAGGAAUUUGAGCAAAAGAAGGUCGCCAUCAACGCCUUGAUCAGUGACCGCGACCGCUCAGACCAGAGAAGACGGGAGUUGGACGAGAAGCUACAUGCCGUACUUCUCAAGCUGCAAGAAGCUCAAGGCCAGCAACAGGAAUCCCGAAAAGAGGCCAAUCAACGGGAGAUGAUCUCACAGUUGAAGCGCAUCUACCCCGGCGUUCGUGGCCAGCUCGGCCUCCUCUGUCAUCCAAAGCAGAAGAAGUACGAGACCGCAGUUGCCACCAUCCUUGGCCGACACUACGACUCCGUGGUCGUCGAUUCAGAAAAGACCGCACGAGAGUGCAUUCAAUACCUCAAGGAUCAACGCUCAGGACAGGCCACAUUCAUUCCACUCGACACCAUCAUCCACAAGCAGCCAAAUGCCAAUCUCCGCGGCAUGCACCAAGGCAUGCGACUGGGUAUUGAUACCAUCGACUUUGACACCAACCUCGAGCGAGCAAUGGGCUUCGCGUGUGGCAACGCAAUUGUUACAGACACGAUUACCAUUGCCAAGAAUCUCAUCUUCCAACGAAACGUCGAUGCCAAGGCUGUCACUCUCGAUGGCACUGUCAUCCACAAGGGAGGAAACAUGACGGGUGGCGCAAGUCUAUCAGACAAGAAGCGUAGGUUCGAAGACGCCGAAGUCGACAGCUGGCGCACCCUUGCCGAGAACUACAAGGCCGACAUUGAGGCGCUACCAAAGGGACACAGGAAGCAAGCCGAAGAAGAACAGCUUCGGUCAGAGCUUAUCGGUCUGGAAGCCAAGCGGACCUACCAUCAAGACGAGAUUAAAGCUUUGGAUCGCAACAUCGAGAGCAAGUCGAAAGAGUUGCAGCAUAUCAAGUCUCAGCUCGCCGACGUCCGGCCCAAGUACGAGAAGCAAGCUCGUGGUGUUGAGAGUCUGCGUCAAUCUUUGGAAGAGCACACGGACGCGGCUGCGGAAGUCGAGGACGAAGUCUUCGCUGCAUUCUGCCAGCGACUGGGGUACAGCGACGUCCGUGACUACGAGAAGCAGCAAGGUGCAUACGAGCAGGAGAAUCGAGAAAAGACGCAGGAGUUCAAGAAACAGCUGUCUCGUCUGUCGAAUCAAGUCGAGCUUGAGAAGCAGCGACUGCAGCAAUGCGAUAACCGGAUCAAGGCUACCAAAGAUGCAAGCAAACGCGACGAGGAUCAAGUGGCCUCCUUGCAGGCGGAGCGGGAAGAGAUUGGCGGAGAGCUUGACGAGCUCAACGCAGAAAUCGACCUAUUGCGAGAACAGCUUGAGGAGUUCAAGAAGGAGUACGACUCGCGCGGCGAGGUUGUUCAGGAAGCGAGACGAGAACUGCAGAAGCGCAGUAAGAGCGAGGAGAAGACACUCAGAGAUAUCUCAGCGCUCGAAGCGGAUGUGCAAAAGGCCGCCACAGCACGAUACGGCGUUCUGCGAACAUGCAAAGUCGAGAACGUCUCGCUUCCACUGGAACGCGGCAGUCGCAAGAUCGAUGCGCUCCCGCUUGAAGACGCCAUGCUCGAAGCUGACGAUGAGGACGCCAUGGACGUCGACGAGGAGGAUGGCACCUCCGCCCUCUCUCGCGUUAAAGACUAUGGCAUUCAUGUCGACUUCGCCAAUCUCGACGACGACCUCCAGGACGACCCGUCCGAAGAAUGCGAAGCCAACCUUUCCGAACGCAUCAACACUCUGCAAUCCUCUCUCGACAAGAUGGCCCCCAAUAUGCGCUCCGCCGACCGCCUUGACGCAACCUCCGCCCGGCUCCAGGCGACAGAAGAAGAAUUCAACGAAGCGCGCAAAUCCGCCAAAUCCGCCACCAAAGCCUUUGACGACAUCCGCCAGAAACGUAUGGAUCUGUUCAACAAAGCCUUCACUCACAUCUCCGAGCAGAUCGGUCCCGUCUACCGCGAACUCACCAAGACACCGUCCUUCCCACUUGGCGGCUCUGCUUCCCUAGACGUCGAGGAUGAGGAUGAACCCUACCUAUCCGGCGUCAAGUACCACGCCAUGCCUCCUCUCAAACGCUUCCGUGAUAUGGAGCACCUCUCCGGAGGAGAAAAGACCAUGGCCGCGUUGGCGCUGCUGUUUGCCGUGCACACGUACGCACCGAGUCCGUUCUUUGUCCUGGACGAGGUGGACGCGGCGCUGGAUCAUGCGAACACGACGCAGUUGGCGCAGUACGUCCGAGAACAUGCUGGACCGGGCAUGCAAUUUGUGGUGAUCAGUUUGAAGACCGGUUUGUUCCAAAACAGUGAGACCCUGGUGGGUGUCAUGAGGGAUCAAGCGAUCAACAGCUCGAGGGCGCUGACGUUGGAUGUAAGCAUCAUCUUGAAGUAUUGUCGUAGUGGAGAAGAUUUACUGACGAACAUCACAGCUACGGAAAUACCAGGCCGUAUGAGAUGGAUGAGAACCGGGAAGCUAACGAUGGAGAGGACCUUUCGGCGUUAUGUUCGAUUUCAUGACGCAUUUUUGCGAUGGAUUCAUGGGAAAUGCAAAAGCGAGGUUAUGCCCGCAAGCUGCGAGUCAAGUCUGUUUUAUGCUGCAAUACCACUCUGGCCAGCAAGUGGACAGCGCGUGUAUUAG